AUGGACGACGGGAACGUCGUAUUCCAGAGGUGUUUCUAUGUCGGGAACGCCCUCAAUGCCAUGCUCUACGGGAUUGAGCUCAUGCUCUACUGUGCGAGCACCAUGAUCAUCCUGCGAAACGAGGACCCGAGGAAUGCCAGGAGCUUCCGUCUCUUUCUGUAUCUCAGCACGAGCCUGCUGCUCUUGAUCACUGUAUACGUCGUUGUGCAGAUCAUUUUCGGAGAGGAGAUGUGGAUUGCACACGCAAACUACCCCGGAGGCUCCGCGGCAUAUCUUGCUGACAACGCCGCAGUAUGGUAUCAGACCUUCGGAAGCGCAGCGUCAAUCGUGCUUAACCUCAUGAGCGAUGCGUUGUUACUUUACCGCUGCUAUGUCGCUUGGGAAGACUGGCGAGUCAUCACCACGCCUUGCAUCCUCUAUCUGGGCACGGCAGCGCUCGGCGUCAUGACCUGCGUCUUCACCAGCCUACCACACUCGAAUUUCUUCGUCGGGCACGCCGCGAAGGUCGCGCUCGCCUACUCCUCCGCCGUCAUCGCCCUAAACGUUACGCUUUCUACCCUCAUCUGCAGUCGCCUGCUCUGGCGCGCGCGUGCGGUCGAGACCACGCUCGGCCCCCGUGUCGUGCGCAGGUACACGAGCGCCGCCGCGCUCGUCGUCGAGGGCGCGCUACCAUACACGCUCUUCGGGAUCGCAUAUGUGGUCACCCUCGGCACGAAUAGCCCGACCUCAAUACUUUUCCUCUCGCUUUAUGUCAUGUUCACCUGCUUGUCACCGCAAAUGCUGGUUCUCCGCAUCGUGAUGGGCCGCGGCUUCACGGUGUUGAGCCCUUCGCAGGCGCUGCCGACCAUACACAUCGCAUCGUCAAUGGGGGACAAGCGGGAGUACGCCGUCUCGUUCGCUUCUGAGCCGUCUAUGAGCGUGGAGACGUAUAGCCUUCCAAGCAGUGAUACGGGGCCCGACGUUGUGGAGAUCGUGUAG